GCUCGGGGCGGGAGCAGCGCUUGCCAAUUGUUUACAACUGGGUACCCCACGCCGAGUAGUCCCCGGCCGGCGCGGGCGCUGGCGGUCGGCCGGCGGAUUAUGGAAGCAGUCAUUGCACUGACGCUAAGGGUCACGACUAUUUGUUUGAUUUUUCACAUAUGGUCCAUUGUCAAUGGUGAUCUAAUCUAA